AUGAAGGCAAUUAGUUUACCAUUGUAUUUCACCGUACUCGCCGUGGUUAGCGCACAACCAGGCUACAAGUAUCAACAACCACAAGUUGGACCAUCUACACCCGGUGUACCAGCUGUAAGUCAUCAGCAUCUUCACCAUCAUCAUCAUUCAGUACCGCAAGCAGGUCCAGAUGCACCUCUUUCCGGUCCCAUUUCGUCACCAUCACCACAAAAACCAAAUGUACUGUACUCGCCGAUCCAAUCACCACCAUUGCAAACAUUCAAUCCAUCGCCAUCGAUUCCAUUGCAACCACCAUCACCACAAGAGAUUCAAUUGCCAUUACCACAAGCGGCACCAGAAAAAGCCUAUUUUCCACCGCCACAAAGCGCUGGUGUGUCAUCAAUCUCACAGAACCACCAGCAACAAUUUUUGCAACAACAAGUAGUACAACAGCAGGCACAAUUCGGUGCUGCACAACCACAACAACAGUUAGGCGGCGGUGCUUUCGGCCUCCCCUUCGGCGGUCAAGGUGGUUUCCAACAGAACUUCCAAUCAUUCCAGCAACCACGUCCACAGACUGCCAUCAUCACCAAGGAUAUUUACAUACACUCAGCACCCGAUGAUCAGGAAGAGACUUUGCUGGGUCAACAAUUGGAUAAUGCACCAGUACGCAAAAACUAUCGCAUCGUCUUCAUCAAGGCACCCACACACAAUAUCAAAUUGGCCGGCGCUGCUUUGAAGCAUGCCCAGAAUGCUAACGAAGAGAAGACCGUUAUCUAUGUGUUGUCGAAGAAACCCGACUUGACUGAGGUGCAACAGCAAUUGCAACAGGCUCAAGGUGAACAGAAAACACACAAACCCGAAGUGUACUUCAUCAAGUACAAGACUCAGGAGGAGGCUCAACGCGCCCAACAGGAAAUCCAAGCUCAAUACGAUGCUCUUGGCGGUUCUACACACAUUUCCGAUGAAGGUAUUGCUCCCCUUACUUCCGUCUCAGGUGGCCCACUGAACUUGGGUGGCAACAUUGGCCAGCAACAUUCGUCUUUCGUGCAGCAAAACUUCCAGUCGGCUGGCAACUAUAAUUUGCCCACCAACAAAUACUUGCCCAUCAAGAAGAAGUAAACGGGUUCAUUGGAACUCAGAGAAUUUUACAAAAUAAUUUAGUUAAUAGUAUUUAAGGCACUCACAUCUUCGCUGGCUUAUUCAUGUAUUUUUCAAUCUACACAAUCUAUUAUGGCUUCCAUUUUCUUCUGAAUCUCCUGAAUCAUACGAGCUCUUCAAAUCGUAUCA